AUGAUCGGAGUAGGGAAGAUCAAGCAGUACACUAACGUCCUCGACAAACCCCUUAGCAAGGGCAAGCAAGAGGUCAGUUUGAGUGCAUUUGCAUUCUUAUUUUCAGAGCUUGUUCAAUACAAUCAGACCCAAGUUGACAACAUUGCUGAAUUAGAACGAAGGUUGGAGGAUGCAGGAUAUGCUGUUGGGGCACGUGUUUUGGAACUUCUUUGCCAUAGGGAAAAGGGAAACAGAAGGGAGACCCGAUUGUUGGGUAUCUUAUCUUUUGUACAUAGUACAGUAUGGAAGGUGUUGUUUGGUAAGGUUAGUAUUUCUUAG